CUAAGGUUUUGACGAUGUAAACUAAGCCUUUACUGCGUGCCGACGGUACCGAUAAGUGCCAAAAAGUGUAUUUUUAUAUUAUACGCAUGAUGAAUCUCGCUGUUGUUUACCGGCUUUUUCAGAAAAACUCGAUAAUAUCGACUCGAUAUAUGAUACAAACAAAAGAAUACACUGCAGGACCAGUGAUCCGACCAGGAGUAAAGAAAUUAAAGAAGACGUUAGUCGCUGUAGAAAAGAAAGUAUUACCCGUUGAAACGGAUGUUGACAGAUUGUUAACUCAUGUAUGCGGUACAAAUAUCUACAAGGAAGGAGGUGAAGAUGUCAAGUUAAAGCCAGAUUUUGAAUAUCCUAGUUGGUUAUGGAAUAUUAGAACUGGCUCUCCACCAUGUUUGGAAGAGAUGGAUCCAAAUACAAAACAGUAUUGGAGAAGAUUACGAUUGCUUGGAAUAAGAAAUACUAAAAAAGAAAGAACAACUAGAAAAUUUUAAUUUAUUUUUAUUUAAAAAAUUACGUAAAGUUGCACGUGUGCACAAUUGUUGAUUUAAUGUAUUUGACUUUUUUUUGUAAAAUUCUAAAAAUUAUUACUUGUACAUUGUAAAUUUAUAUAAAAGUUAAAGUAGAAAAUAAAAAUGGAUAAAAUGGGUAAAAUAAUUAUUUGUAAACACAGUUGUCUUGAAAAACAUUUUUCCGACGAAUCGUAACCGUAUCAUUAUCAUAUAUUACUUAUCUUAUUUAUCGUUGCAAUCAGUAAGGACUAAAAAAAUAAGAUUAGAAUAGUUUAUUUUCUAGAUUAAAGCGAUAAGCGUCUUUCUUAAAUACAGUGUAGUAUUCAGUGAUUAGAAAUGUUUGUUAUUAAUGAUAAAUUGGAUAUUGGUACUGCUAUUCCUGAUAUCCCGCAUCAAUACAUUCAAGUAUCACAAUUUGUGUCACUUAAGCUAUGUUUCCAGUAUACGCUGUCAAUGCUAAAAUCUAUAGUGUAUUAACGCUCAAAAUUAUUUGCUUACUUUGUCUUAAAUAAAUAAUGAAAAUUUU